CGUUCAGAACCUCUGCAGCAACAUGUUGCGAGCACUUUCCUCUAUCAUCUCUGCAUUCGCAGUCGCUACGACGUCUGCCACCACAUUCGACGCUGCAAGCAACUCCAGUGUACUGCAGUUAAUGGGCACAGUGCAACCGCAAGGUUCCGAGUCCGCGUCAAACACUACCAUCACUUCAGCGUCCGGCUCGGAAUCAUCGACUCACGUCCAGUAUAGUAUCCGCAAUGGAGAGACAGCCAGCAAAGGUGUGAACCUCGGCUCAUGGCUCGUGGCCGAGUACUGGAUGACCAGCUCGGCCGAUUUCUGGACGGGCGCGGUCAACGCCAGUCACGGUGAAUACACGGCCAUUGCCAAAGCCACCGACCCGGAUACUAUCCGUUCGCAUUUCGAGUACCACCACUCAACGUUCAUCAACGAAAGCGACAUCGCCGAGAUCGCAGCGGUCGGUAUCAAUACGGUGCGCGUCCCGAUCGGCUACUGGAUCGUCGGCUUCGAUGAUAACGAUCCGUCGGGUAAGGCCGAGUGGAAAGUUUACACGAAUGGCACGUUGAAAUAUCUGGAUCUGCUGAUCACCGACUGGGCCAAGAAGUACAAUGUUGCUGUACUAUUGAGUAUCCACGCAGCCAAAGGUUCGCAGAACGGAGCGGACAAUUCAUCGCCGAGCGUCUACGGAUCCGAAUUUUGGGCGGAAUUCGCUGAAAAUGUCAAUAAUACCAUCACCAUGGUGUCAUACUUGGCCGAGAGAUACAAAGACGAAGACGCAUUUCUUGGCUUCGGACUUUUGAACGAACCGAAUGGAGACACGACCACGGAUGUGCUGUACGACUACUAUGAGCGUGCGUACAGGGCAGUCAGAGCGACGGGUAGUGAGUGCGUGCUGACUGUGGCACCAUUACUGUACGAACAGUCUCCAGAUGUACUCACGGAUUUCAUGCUUGCCCCUGCGUACACAAAUGUGUGGGUUGAAUGGCAUCCGUACUUUGUAUGGGGCUACGACGAUGUGUCCGACCAGGAUCUAGUGAAUACAAGUGUCAAGGUUAAUUUCCAGGGCGACGUGACGCAGUGGAACUCGGUCUCGGGCCGCAACCGCCUCUUCAUCGGCGAGUGGUGCUUCGCUACCAACGGGAAAUUCGAGAACGACCAGGAUUUAUUUUACGAGUUCGCACAGGCAGAGACCGACGUAGUCAACCAGGCGAGAGGAGGCUGGACUUACUGGAGCUGGCGUAUCUACGAGGACGAAACCGGAGACAACAUGUGGUCACUGCGUGCCGUGCUGCGUGACGAGAACCUUAAGGCGAUCCUGUUCCCGUCCAGCGCUGGCAGUUCCUCCACGAUUACCACCUCGAGUUCGAGUGAUCAGGAACAAACGCAGCAGCAGCAGUCGUAAACGCUCCAGUUAUAACAGUGUCGCUGCUGUAGAGUGAGUAUUUUCAUUGAGUAGCGUGAAAGACUUUUCAUAGAUUUCUGCUAAAGUGGUCAUCUCUUCGUGUAGUAAUGUUACAAUAAUAACAGUUAUUAUCUUUCACUU